AGAAGCUGCAAAAGAGAAUAAACACAUCAGCUUGAGAAAAUUACCAACUUAAUCACCCCCUACACUCACUCACCUCUCUAAAAAACCAUCCAUGCAGCAAAAGAAAACAUAAAAUCCAAAAUGCGUUAGAUAUUAUUCUUGGGGAAAACGGGAGGAAUACCCUGAGUUUAAAUGUAAAAUCUAAGGCUAGAACUGAACCAAAAUCCAGAAAAACAGAAAAAGAAAAAAACAAAAUCACAUUAAAAAAAAAAAAACCCAAACCAAGCCAAAAAGAUAAUAAAAAAAUAAAUAAGCCCAACUAUAUUGGCCUCUAAUCCCAGCACUUAGGAAGCAGAGGUAGAUGAAUCUGUGAGUUCUAGACACAGAAAACUCUAGAACAUCCAGGACUACAUAGAAAGACUGUCAAAAACAAAAACAACAAAAAACCUAUUAACAACAAUAGAGUUGAAUGGAAAUGCAAGAACUCAUUUAUGAUUACAUAAAAAAUUUCACAAUGGCUCUUUCCGCCAUCUUCCCGUGCAGCCACCAUGGUGCACAUGAACGUCCUGGCUGAUGCUCUCAAGAGCAUCAACAAUGCUGAGAAGAGAGGCAAACGCCAGGUCCUCAUCAGGCCCUGCUCCAAAGUCAUUGUUCGGUUCCUAACCGUGAUGAUGAAGCAGGGUUACAUUGGUAAAUUUGAAAUCAUUGAUGACCACAGAGCUGGAAAGAUCGUCGUGAAUCUCACAGGCAGGUUGAACAAGUGUGCAGUGAUAAGCCCUAGAUUUAAUGUGCAACUCAAAGACCUAGAAAAAUGGCAGGACAACCUGCUCCCGUCCCGUCAGUUUGGCUUCACUGUACUGACCACCUCAGCUGGCAUCAUGGACCAUAGAGAGGCAAGACGAAAACACACAGGAGGGAAAAUCCUGGGAUUCUUUUUCUAGAGAUGUAAAACAUAAAUAAAAAGCCUUUAUGGACUGUGAAAAAAAAUCCACAAUGAAGGCUGGAGGGGAGGGUUGGCUCAGUGGUGAAGAAUACUUGUUCUUGACAGAGGACUCAGGUUUGAGUCCCACCACCCACAUAGCAGCUCACAGCCACACGUAACUCCAGUUUCAGAGACCCCAGCAUCAUCUUCUGACCUCUACGGGCACCAGGCAUGAGUGUGGUACAGACACACAUUCAAGCAAAACACACAAACACAUUAAAAACAACAACAAGGGAGCAGAGAAAAAUGUAUAGCUCAAUAAAAUAAAAGUCCACAAAUAUGAAGACAAUACUGUUAAGUUCUUACUAUAUCCAAAGCAAUCCUCACAUUCAACACAACGAAGUUACAAUUAAAUAUUUGAAAAAAAAGUAAAAAGAAAAAGAAAAAUGAAAAAGAAGUUUCUUUUUUCUUUUCUUUUUUUUGAGACAGGUUUCUCUUUGUAACCCCAGCUGUCCUGGAACUUGCUCUGUAGAGUUGGCUAACUCACAGAGAUCCACCUGCUUCUGCCUUCCAAGUGCUAAGAUUAAAGGCGUGAGUCACCACCACCUGGCAAAAGAAAUUUCUUAAAAAUUCAUAUAUAGAAUCCAAAUCUAAAAGAUCCUGAAUAACCAAAACAUCAGGAAAAAAAAAAUAACACAUGGGUAAGACCCUACCUCAAAAAAAGCCGGGCAGUGGUGGCGCACAUCUUUAAUCCUAGCACUUAGGAUGCAGAGACAGGCGGAUCUCUGUGAGUUCGAGGCCAACAUGGUCCACAGAGUCAGUUCCAGGACAGCCAAGGCUGUUAAACAGAGAAACCCUGUCUUGAAAAACCAAAGCCAAAACCAAAACAAAAGACGACAAGAAAGCCUACAGAAUGGGAAACUUGACACUCUUCACAGAGGAAGGUGAAGGUCAUAUAAAAGCAAAGCCAAAGGACAAACAGAAACCCUGGGCCAGUAAACUGAGAUGCUGCAUGUCAUGCAAAUCAGCUACAGGGCACCAUCUUUAUAUCCACUAAGAUAGGAAAAAACUAAAACACAAAGUAUUAACAAAUGUGGAAAAGAAAUUCUAUGGCUUAUAGGAAUGUAAACUGUUACAUAACACAUUAGAAAAAUUGUGUUACCUUAAACCAAUCCAUUAUAUUCUACUCCUUGGCAUAGACCUGAGUAACUGUUGCAAUUUAUAGCAAGAGAUAUUUAUAAAGAGUUACUGGAACAAUGUGCCCUCAGAAAACUGAAAAUCAUCUAAAUCUCCAACAGUGAUAUCCAAUCAUAACCAAGUCAUAGAAUAAAAUGCCAGGUGUGGUAGCACAUCUUUAUCCUGGUACUCGGAAGGUAGAGGCAGGUGGAUAUAGCCAGGGCUACAUAGAGAGACCCUAUCUCAAAUAUCCGACAGACAGACAGAACUCAAGAGGAGAAUUAAACACACACACACGGCAGACAAAUACAGACAGAGGAGCAGGUAUAUACAUAUUUUUAUUGAGGAAGGAAGGAAGGGAAAAAUGCUUCCAUUUGAAAAGAAGACAGAAAAGCCUCUAUUAAGGCUGCUAUCCCAACUUCAAGAGAUGAUUAAAUAAGAAAGACCAUUAGCAGAGUCAC